CCUGCUUCAUCAUUUGCCUCGCCUUUCCCCUCAAAGCUCUCUGCAGCAGAAGCCACUGAUCUCAACAAAGGAGAAAUAAGAAGAUAAUAAGAGGAGAUUAUCAAGUUCAGCCAGAGUUUAUCGCGAACAGAAAUGGCGACCGGAGGAGGAUACGGAGACGCGUCGCAGAAGAUAGACUACGUGUUCAAGGUGGUGUUGAUAGGGGACUCGGCGGUCGGGAAGUCGCAGAUACUGAACCGUUUUGCAAGAAACGAGUUCAGCAUCGACUCCAAGGCUACCAUUGGGGUCGAGUUCCAGACUCGAACACUCGUUAUCCAGCACAAGAGUGUCAAGGCCCAGAUCUGGGACACCGCCGGCCAAGAAAGGGCUGUCACAAGCGCAUACUACAGGGGUGCCGUUGGGGCAAUGCUUGUUUACGACAUUACAAAACGCCAGAGCUUUGAUCACAUCCCCCGCUGGCUAGAGGAGCUGCGUAACCAUGCUGACAAAAACAUAGUUAUCAUUUUGAUUGGGAACAAAUGCGAUCUUGAGAACCAACGAGCUGUACCUACUGAGGAUGCUAAAGAAUUUGCUCAGAAGGAAGGACUGUUCUUCUUGGAGACCUCGGCAUUAGAAUCAACCAAUGUCGAGUCUGCUUUCUUGACUGUAUUCACAGAGAUCUUCAACAUCGUGAACAAGAAGAACCUGACUGCUGGUGAAAAUCAAAGUAAUGGAAAUCCUGCGUCACUGGCUGGUAAGAAGAUCCUCGUUCCUGGUCCUGCGCAAGUAAUUCCACAAAAGAAUAAUAUGUGUUGUACAUCAUCAUGAGUUGGUGAGACAAGUUUCUAUAGCCUGGAGUUCCUCUAUCUUAUGAUUCCUAUAGCAAUUUUUUGGAUGAAGGCGUGUUGUAUUUUACAUUACCUUAGCAUAGUGUUGCAUGUGAGGUAGUUGAUUUAAGGACAAAAGGUUGAAAGGAAAGCUGAGUUGCACAUUCUCUUUUACUUAUUUUGCUGAUUGCAAUUCAAUAGUAUCUGCCUUUUCUGACUC